AUGACCACAAAACUUGCAAGAAUCGCUCAAAAACGAUGGAUUUCUUCCACAACUUCCACCUCGAAUAUGUACGAUCCAAGAGUGUUCCGCGAACCUGUUACCGAUAUUCAGGAGCUCCGAAAACCACUCGACGUCGACGACGAGCGCAACUUUUUGUUUGUGAAAGCCAUGAAGAGCGAUGCGACGCCAGUUUUCUAUAGAGAUCAUGUGAUCGAUAAACUGAUUCGUGUAUGUACAAAAGAUGGCGAAAAGGAAACAUCUCGCAGAAAUGUGCACAGCGCACUCGAGAUUAUCAAGCGUCGGCAGUACAAAGCAUGGGCGAAGGCUUCUGAUGAAGAGAAGAAGAAUAUCGAAUUGGAUCCGUUUGUUGUCGCGAAAAAGGGUAUUAAAAACUGCCAUCCCCUAAUGAAGCUUCAAGGAGUGACACGUGGAGGUACAACCUAUCAAGUUCCCUUCCCAAUCGAGGAGCCAGAAGCCGAGUUCCGCGCGAUGAAGAUGAUGCGAGACAUUUGUCGCGUUCGAUCGAAGCACGGAGAGACUCAUUUCAAAGAUAUUCUUGCGACGGAACUAUUGGCUGCUAGUCAGAAUGAGGGAUCAACGAUUUCAGCGAAACAAGAGUUGCACAAGACGUGUGAAGCGAAUCGUGCCUACGCUCAUUAUCGUGCCUAA